AUGUCAGAACCAACUACCUCAACUGGAGCCACGUUAGCCGAAACAGAGCAAGAAAUAGAUGUUUACUUCACUAUAAAUAACGAGUGGUCCUUGUUAGAUUACCUAUUAUAUCGCCAAAAUAGCAUUGAUUUCCAGCCAGACAGAAAAAAAGAACAUGCCCGGUAUACUCGAAAUCUAUCAAAUAUAUUGAAUUCGAAACAAGCAAAGAAAACUAUGAUAAAGAAGGCAGGAAAUGUGCUUGUCUCUUUUCAGUUCUUUGGAUGGGGUCCGACCUGCGUUCAAUCACCCACACUUCCUGACUACGAUCGGGAAGUGAUGAUCUACGGCUCGUGGUGGUUCCGUCCUGACUCUAUUUUGGAAUCAUCACAAAAACGAAAAUUUACUGAAGCUGCUGAACGCACGGCUGUAGUGGAAAAACAUAUCACCAAUGUUGUGUCCUCGACAUUUGAACGAGAGCAGACUAUACUGGAGGAGAUUACGAAACAAGAAAUGAUUGUGCGAAAUAAAUUUGUGAACUGUUUGGAAAAUACGGAUCUUGGCCUUGAUGUUUCGCAUAAACGCCAAUGUCUUCAAGUCGAUAAUGAGUAUGAACAUGAUUCAGGAUCAAGUGAUGGUCCGUAUGUUAAUUCUGAUUCAUGUUAUGAAGUUCAAGACAGUAGAUAUACAUCUCCGACACCACAUUCUCAUGAUGAUCCUUUUACUGAAGAUACUGAAGAUGAAAACGAAAAAUUUAGAACUUAUAUUGACGAAGCCAUAUUGCACGCUAACAGCAAAGGCUUGUAUGUUGAGUCACAUACUCACGAAAUCUUAUCAUUGUCAUCUAUACUUGUUUUGAUCCCAAAUUAUUAUUCGACAAAAAUGGUAGAGGUAUUUGGUUUAAAAAUACUUGAAUCGAUUUACCACGAAUAUGCGCCAACGUUAUCCAUAACAUUGGAUACGGAAAUUGAGAACAUAUACAGAAAUGCAAUCAAAACGUGUUUAAGAGAUUCGCGUGGUAGUGCAAUUGAUUUCUUAUGUAAGAACAUUGCAAAUAGAAGUGAAUUAAGAGACAAUUUCGGGAUUUUAAUGAUAGACUUGAUAAGAUCUUUGCCAUUUGAUAAGAUCCGGAAUGAACCAAGCGAAUAA